CAGCAUUGAAACCGUGAUCUGAAAAGCGAACUAUAGCCUCGUUGUUCCCUCAACAACUAUAAUCAAUCUUAUUGACUUUUUAUUUGGGGUGAUACCCCAUAACAAUUUCUCCUUGACGCCAUGGCUGGUGGUCUGGAUAUUGAGAGAUUGGACUCUGUUUUCAAGUCGCGACCAGAUAUCUUGAAGGAUAUCCACAAGGCUGCCGAUUCCCCAUCGCGAGUCCAGCUAUUUAAUAAGAUCGCAAGUUUUGUCUAUGAGCAGAUCGGCGACCAACAAUCCACUUCAUCAUCGCUCAAACGCCGCCGAGUAGAUAUCGAACCUUCCCAAAAUGGAACCACACAAGAUGCCACGGCGCCAACCACCAUCGAGGAUGUGGCCAGCGAGAAUAUACUGCUGGAAAUAAAAGAUAUAUCCGUCUCUAUCCCACAGCGCAAAAAGUUUGAGCUGUGCUUCACCCCCAAACACAUAUAUGCCCGAGUUCCAGGCACAACGACACCUUUGCCUAGCAUAGUGUACGCGUGGAAGGACAUUGAAUAUGCGUUCUACCUUCCCGUACCUGAAAAGUCACAGGUUCAACAUAAUUACAUCCUGUUCCCCCGAAACUCCUUCUCUUUAUCAAAAUCAGGCACACCGACUGAAGAGCCGCUUGUAUUCACCGUAUCAGCCGCCGCACCGAAACCGGGUUCGAUUGGUGGGCCGAAUGCCGCCGCUGCUUCUGCCGUCUCUGACUCCUAUACCACCUUAUUCCAUUGGGCCUUGAAUAAGUGUCUUCAGGCAGCCAAAAACAACGUGCAGAUAGUAGCAGCGGAUCCUACGAAGUUCCAUAGCAAAGUUCGUCAACCACACCGACCAAAGGAACCAGCCGUUCACGUGAAGGCUUUCAGGGGAUCCAAAGACGGCUAUCUCUUUUUCUUAGAGACCGGAAUUCUGUGGGGCUUCAAGAAACCGCUGUUGUUCAUACCACUGGAUAAAAUUGCCGCAGUCAGCUAUACGAGCGUGUUACAACGCACAUUUAACGUGGUGGUUGAGGUUUAUACUGGCGAAGCCGGUGAUAACGAGACGACCGAGGAGAUCGAAUUCUCGAUGUUAGACCAAGAAGACUACGGAGGCAUUAACGGAGAUUAUGUCAUGAAGCAUAAGCUUCAGGAUCGAAGUAUGGCAGAUCAACGGAAGGCUAAGAGGGAACUAGCUGAGAAUGCAAAGGGGAAGAAGGAUGCUGAUGGCGAAGGAGAGGAUGCGAAUGGUGAUGCCGGUGAAGAUGGCAUGACCGAACUAGAAAAAGCCCAGUUGGAGGCCGAGCAACAGUUGCAAGACGAAGAGGAUGAAGACGAGGAAGAUUACGAUCCUGGUUCGGAAGGCGAGAGCGAGGGUUCGGGAACUAGCGACGAGGAGGACGAUGAUGAUGAUGACGCAGCGGAAGACGACGAAAUGGAUGAGGAUGACGAGUAAGAGGUAACUCCAAGACGUCGAUGGUAGGAUCCCACGCAUCAACGGCGGACAUGUAAUAAUACCUACAACCAAGUAGGCAAGCGUUGUUUCUGCCGAGUAAUUCGUUUCGGCGAGGCACUGUUUUAGGCAAGAGUCGAAGGAAAUCCAUGGCUUCGACCCUCGAAUAUCGUAUCAUAGUGACUACCUAGGUACGUCAUAUCAGCCGGCUUUAGCCCUUACUUAUGAAACAAGCCUGUAUGAGCCGCAUAGAUUUCUUUCAGCAAUUUGGUUGUGGCAUGUCGGAUACAAAUACA